GUCCGCGGCCCACAUCCGGUCUCUGAGGGCUCGGGUCGGGUCGUCGUGGCUGAGGGGCUGAGGGUGAGAGCCGUGCUGGGGCGUCGCAGGGCUUCGCGGGGCGGCGGGCCGGCGGCGGAUGCGGCGGGUGUGGGGGCCGGCUUUCGGUACGGCUGCGGGUCGCGGAGGCGUUGGCGGAGGCGGCGGGGCUGACACAGCGGGCGGCGCGUUUCCCCGGAGCUGCCUCCCGCGGCACCGGGGCCCGGCGGGCGCGACCCCGGGGGUUCAGGUGGGAGCGACGUUGGUCCCGCCGGGCCUAGGUUACCUCAGCGCGGGGGCGUCCACGAACUCGAGACCUCGAACCGACGCGGAUCUCUCUGAAAAUCGAAAGUAGUCAUUUUAGAGCGAGACGUGGGAGACUCACUUAAAGAAUGACUUCUUUUCAAGCCUUCUUUCUCUUCGUGAAGUACCAGGGAUGAAAGAUGAAUGAAGACCUUUCUUGCCUUUAGAGAAUCUGGUCAUCGGGGACACGUCGGUUAACGUUUGUGCUGUGGUAUGACCCUCAGUCUUCUGGGAGGAGUGUGAAGAUGCUAAAGGAGCGUCCAGGGAUGGCAGAAGACCCCCAGCAACAGAUGGGUGUUCCUGUGGUAAAGCUGGAGAAAGAGUUGCCAUGGGCCAAGGGAAGGGAGGACCCUAGUCCUGAGACUUUUCGUCUGAGGUUUCGGCAGUUCCGCUACCAGGAGGCAGCUGGUCCUCAGGAAGCCCUCAGGGAACUCCAGGAACUCUGUCGCCAGUGGCUGAGGCCUGAGCUGCAUACCAAGGAGCAGAUCAUGGAGCUGCUGGUGCUGGAGCAGUUCCUGACCAUCCUGCCACGGGAGUUCUAUGCCUGGAUUCGGGAGCAUGGCUUGGAGAGUGGCAAGGCUCUUGUGGCCAUGGUGGAGGACUUCACAGAGAGAACGUUGGAGGCCAAGGCGGUUCCAUGCCUCGUGCAGGGAGAACGGGAGGAGACAGCACUUUGCAGAGGCCCUUGGGAACCAGGUGUUCACCUGGGGCCAGUGGAGGUCAAGCCUGAGUGGGGGAUGCCCCAUGGGGAAGGAGUUCAAGGCCUAGACCAAGGCACUGAGGAGCAACUCAGUCAAGACCCUGGAGCUGGGACACAAGCCUUCCAGGAGCAGGCUCUGCCAGUUCUUCAGGCUGGUUCUGGCCUCCCUCCAGUGAACACCAGAGACCAAGAGAUGGCAGCUGGGUUCCUUUCAGCUGGACCCCAGGGGUUGGGGCCAUUUAAAGAUAUGACUCUGGCCUUCCCUGAGGAGGAAUGGAGACAUGUGACCCCAGCCCAGAUAGACUGUUUUGGGGAAUAUGUGGAACCCCAGGACUGUGGGGUCUCACCUCCAGGCAUUGGGAGCAAGGAAAAGGAGUCUAAAACCCAGCAGGCAGACCUCAAGGGGGCGCUUGCUCGGGUGACGGCAGAGAGGUUUGGGGAAGCCACACUCCAGAGCCCUGAGCUUGGAAGAACCUGUGAGCAGGAGCCCAGUAGCUCUGUGGGAAACAUGCCAGGGCCGCCUCCUCCUCAGCAUGCUGUCAUACCCCUGCCCGAUGACCUCAAGACCCACAGCUCCUUUUGGAAGCCUUUUCAGUGCCCCGAGUGUGGAAAAGGCUUCAGUCGGAGCUCAAAUCUUGUCAGACACCAGCGAACCCAUGAAGAAGAGAAAUCCUAUGGGUGUGUCGAGUGUGGGAAGGGGUUCACCUUGAGAGAGUACCUCAUGAAGCACCAGAGAACCCACCUGGGAAAGAGACCCUAUGUGUGCAGUGAGUGCUGGAAAACGUUCAGUCAGAGGCACCACCUCGAGGUCCACCAGAGGAGUCACACAGGGGAGAAGCCUUACAAGUGUGGUGACUGCUGGAAAAGCUUUAGCCGGAGGCAGCAUCUGCAGGUGCAUCGGAGAACUCACACAGGGGAGAAGCCCUACACUUGUGAGUGCGGCAAGAGCUUCAGCAGGAACGCAAACCUGGCUGUGCACCGGCGAGCCCACACCGGGGAGAAGCCGUAUGGGUGCCAGGUGUGUGGGAAGCGGUUCAGUAAAGGGGAGCGAUUGGUCAGACACCAGAGGAUCCACACUGGGGAGAAGCCCUACCACUGUCCAGCCUGCGGGAGGAGCUUCAACCAGAGGUCCAUCCUCAAUCGGCAUCAGAAAACUCAGCAUCGCCAGGAGACCCUGGCACAGUAAGGAUGCACCUUUUUUACGAAAGGAAGGUGCUGGAAGGUGUAGGACCUUUCAGGAUCGCCAAGUGGAGGGAGAUCCCAUUGGAGGAUGCAUUUGUCUUUCCUCACUGAAGGGCUUUGAGGAGGGAGUGGUAGAGUGAUAGGGUGCAGAAAGGCACUUUGACCCAUUUUCUUUCCAUUUGUUGUCAAACAAAAGCAAGGCAAUGCCUGAUUUAUUUUGAGUUUCCAGAGAGCACAGCACCUCACGUCUCUUAUCCAAGUGGUGCAAACUGUUUUUUACUGUCUUUUGGGAAAUUAUAUCCUGAACUUCAGUUCAGGUUGAAGUUUUUCUCCUUCAUUGGGAUUUCAUAUACGCCUCUCGAGCAAGUCUGACAAAGUUUUGUCCCAUGUUGGCAAGUUACACCUCAUUGUGAUGAGGGCUGUAUCGACCUGCAAAAUCAUUAGUUCAGACUCUGCCUCUCUUCUGUUCCAUUUAACAAGUAUUUAUUGAACAGCUACUGUGUCUGAUGCUGGGAGCACAGUGGUGAAUGAGGCACAUGAGCUGUGGGCCUCCUGGAACUGGUGAUUUAGCAGUGGGAACACACACAGAACCAUUAAUAGCUCCAGACAUUCUAAGUUAUGUUUGUGGUACGUGCUGUUUGAGAGGGUAGUCUUCUGGUGCUCACUCGUUCUGCCCUGCCACUCAGGUGCUGGAUCUUCCCCUCCCUAGUUAGGAUCUCUCAGGCAGCCUUGUUUAUUUUACUUUAUUUUUACCCCCUUUGUCUCUGUAACAGCAUACCCUCAUUUGUAUAGUUUCCCCAUUAUUCCUUGUACUGUAACAACUAUCCACCCAUCCAAUAGGAAAUUAAUAUUUUGCUAUUGAUUACCGAAUAAACAUGAAAGUAUUUUAAAAAGUGUUCAGUUCUAUAUAAAGAUCUAAUUAAAUAAGUCUGAAAGAUGAACUAUUAUUAA